CGCGUCCGACUUUCGUAGUAGUGCCGAAGGAGCGGUGAACUCUGCCUACUUGCCUGUCCCUGGAGCGCGCGCCACACAAUCGAGGAGGAAACGAUGGCAUCCCCACGAGUCGGCGGUCUGUCGCAGGAACUGAAGCCUGCCGAUGCGACCGUGCAGGAAAUCUGCGAUAAGGUCCGCUCGGAUGUCGAGAAAAAGCUGGGCCAGAAUUUCGCGGAGUUCACGCCUGUCAACUACCGCACCCAGGUGGUGAAUGGCACCAACUACUUUGUCAAGGUUCGCGUCGGCUCUGACCAGUACGUCCACGUCCGGGCCCACAAGAGUAUUCAAGGCGACGUCACCUUGGCCGCAGUGCAGGACAACAAGUCACUCAACGACGAAGUGGAGCACUUUGCCUGAGACCCGGUCAAGCAUGUUCCGACACCGACUGUGCUCACGAAGUUUGUCUCCAAAGACGGGGAACGAAAAUGGCUCGCGCUGAAUUGGUACCCUGCGUCGCGACAUGUAUACAACGAAAGCGGCUAGUCAUGGCGUGAUUGACAAGCGCGCAAAGCCAGGACAUUACGUCUGUAAACGCGUAAGCUAGUCACUUAAUCACUCCCGCGCAGUCCCUAUACUAUUUCGGAGAACUGCGACCAAACAACGAUGACCUCGUGUGAAUAAAAUGUUGAUUUAGAAAACUA